UUUUGAGACCAGGCUAGGGUGGAGAGCAAGCACUUGUGGCAGGACAUGAGUUUGUUUUGUGUUCAGGAUAGGGUGACAAGUGAUUCUGACCUCUCUGUCACUUUUUUUCUUUUAUCCUCUGUUUGCUAUCCAUUAAUCCUUACAUCCAUGACCCAAACUAACCAUAAUGUGUGCUUUGUAGCUGUCAUCUCGCUGUGAUUUAUUUCUGCCUGUUUGCUCAGAGCUGUUUGCUUCUGUGGCUAGAGGUGGGGUAACCAGGAUCUAGCAUGAGGGCUGAGCUGCAUGGUGCUAGUGAUGUUAAAGCCUUGCUGUGCUUCUGUCAUGGAAGAGGAGAAAUUUAGCCUUGAAUUUGCAUGUUCCCAUCAUACAGCAAAGGAAAACUGAAUUGGAAGCUAAGGCUUGAUUGCAUUUUUCUAUUCUGUUCAUAAACUAUUAUUUCUUGUCCACCCACCCCCUCCCUUCCCAAGACUAAUAGAAUUUAAGCAGUCAGCUUUGCAUCUAAGAACUGGGCUCCUGAAAAAUGCAGUGGAAAUGAAUCAACUAAUGCCUUAAGAACUUUACCAUAGAAACAUCUCAGUUCUUCUACAAUAGCAGCAUUUUUCUUGAUUUAUGCAACCAGUAGCAUGUGAAAAAACUCUGUGUUGCUGAAGGUGAUCCACAUGCUGUUGACAUGCUAUUGGAACAGCAAUGCACUUAAUGGUAUUUUAGAUUUGGUCAGCCAUCAAGCAAAGUGUUUUCUGAUAGUUUGGUAGCUUUCCUGAAUCGUGUGACAUUAUAGAUGCUGCAGCUGGAAUAUAACCAUGCAGGGCUCACAGGAGAGAAAUGACUUUGUGUCCUGUGCCCUCUUUCUAUUUUGUGUGAGAAAUACCAAAACCAAAAAGGUGUGUUUUGGAGCCUGGUGGUGCUGUGAGUGCUGUGAGCACCAGGAUGCCUAAUGAAGAAUUAGUCUGCUAAAGGCUUGUACUUUCCCCUCCAAGUGUUGCUGUUGAUCUGAAGAAGCAGUCUCCUUGCAAACUCUGGAAUUGUUCAUGCCCUGUGAUCAUUGUGGCUGCGAGCACAUGGCUUUUUGUUAUUAUAAGAAUAUAACUUUUGAUGUCUCGGCCGAACGUGUUUGUUCAUCAGCUGCUCUUAACAAGUACUUUGUGAAUCUGCAUCCUGCAGGCAUCUGUCCUGGUUUUCUUUAUAUUUAGGCAAGGCAAAGGAGCUGUACUGAAUACUGUCCAGAUUGACCAAGGGUGGUCUGGGCCAUCUCCUUUGAGUCUUGGAGUUCUGGCCCAGGAUCUUUAAACAAUGACUCUGCUGUGUGGGUGACGGGUCCAGCUCAUGGUAUCUGCAGCCUGUCAUCCUGAGUGUGGGGUGAGGGGUAAGAAGGAUCAAGAUGGAAGGAGGAAAAGAGGAUAGAGACAGGCAGGCAACUUUCUGUCUUGAAGCUCUAAGCCUGACUUAGGGAGGAGAUGUGAUAAGUGGAGCUUCUGUAGGGUUUGCUGGUUUGUCUGUUUUCUACAUAGAAAUUAAUACUUGUGCUCUAGACAGUGACAAUGCAGCUGGAAUCAGAGGCAAGUGCUGGGGCACUGGGGUCUCCCCUCUCCCCACCAGUGCUCUGUGCUGUGCAGAAACUGAAGAGAUCAUGAGUGUUUUCUUCAGGAGUUUUGGGAAGACUUGCUAUGUCAAGAUGUCUGUGCUGCAGUGUCUGGUGGCUUGAGUGACACUGCCAGAUGGACUCUGUGCUCGAGUGGCUCUGACCACUGGCCAGAUCUUCACAUGUCUGAAGGCUUAGUCACCUAUUAGAUGAUGUUUUUGAAAUAUUUUUAUUUUAGUUUAUCAAACAAGGCUUACUAAAUUAUUCCAAAACCUAUGGAAUAUCGUUUGUCCUUAGUCCAACAGAAACAGCCAUUUUAACGUGUUUGGAGAAAGUGUUUCCCAAGAUAUGCUCUGGUAUUUCUGUUGACUGAAAUUGCUUAUUAACUUGGUGAUGCAGCAAGGCUUCUGUCUGGAAUAGAUCAUCUCAUACACCCUCUACUGCUCUGCUCAGUCAGUGUGUGUGUUUCCUUAAAAGUGCUACAAGAAGCAUAAAUAUAGCUGGAGCACCUAGUCUGGAGUCAGGGACAAAAAUAAACAUGACAUUAUUAUAUUAGACUUGGCCACAGUUCUGACUGGUGGUGAGCUUUGAUAACUUUGACAUCUAAUAUUUUUUAAGCAGACUUCAAGGUUCACAGGCUUUGCUAGUUUGGUGGAUAAGCCUUUCUCAGUCAGUUUUUUCCUUUGAUGUUCUUGUUUUGGUGUUUGUAUCCUUCUCUUAAGGCUGCAGUUACAGAAAGCCAGGGUUGUGCUUUUCCCUGCUCAUACCAGAGUGGCACUUGGACACGAUGCCCCAGCUGCCAGCUGCAAAUGCUUUUUUUUGGUACAGCAAGGUCAAAAUUACACAGACCUGCAAUCAGCUCACUCUGCUACCUUACUAAAGCAUUUUUGUGGCUCUCUUACCUCCCUUCCUGCACUGAAACACCUAAAUUUAGAAAUGUUGAAGCCCAAGGGUUAGAUUGUGCUGUGAAUUUGCCACAACUCAUUUGGUGUAUAUUAUGCCCAUUCAGACAGUUCAAUGGCAGUUCCCUUUCUCCUGCUUGUGUUUUGGGAAGCCAUGGGCUGCUUGCCAGCAGAGUUUGGCCCCUGGGCUGCUUUGGGUCCAUGUCACUGCUGUUACUCCCACUGCUAUAGCAAUAGCUGUAUUUAUAUUUGCAGUAUCACCAGCUACAGCCUUUCUAUUUUAAGAAUCCCUGGCAUGCUGUAGCCUUUCCAGAACAUGAUUUGCACUCUUAGGGAGAAUGAAAGAUGCAUCCAACAGAAAGGAGCAAGCUUGCAGAAGUUUGGAUGUACAUCAAGUUUCCUUGGGGCGUACCUUAAGAGAAGUGAUGGCUGGUUAUGAAUUAUGACUGCUAGAAGAUUUCUGCCACUUACAGAAAACUAACAAGGAGAGAUUCUGACUGAUUCUGAUUAAUUUUUUCCAAUGCAUAUACACUGGUCGAGUACUUCUUGUUUUCAGUUCUGAAUAACUACUAACUCAGUAUUGUGGAUUUGUUACUGAAACUGAUGUUCAGUAAGAAAGGUGCUUCUCCAAGCCAUAAUCUUUUCCUAAACUUGCUUAUAGGUGACAAAGAGUGCUCUGGAACACUGGCACUGCUGUGGAGUAGCAGUAUGCUGAACAACCUGUGUGUGUGCACAUGUUUGGUUUGAGCAGGAAAAGUGCUGAAGGUUGACUGUUGUUUCGGGGGAAGAAGGGGAAUUCAGCCACUCGGUGCAGUCAGAUUUGAUCCAUUAGUGUCUAAGAAAGCAGUCAGGAAAUUUGCUGCCUCCACAUGAAGUUCUGUGCUUGAUGAGGAGAGGAGAGCAUGUGUAAGAGGUUUCAGUGGUUUCUUGUUGGCUCAGCAAACUGAAUUUUAGUAGUUGUCAACAUUAUUAAAAGCUUACAUGAGAUCUCUAGUUAAUUCUAUUAAAAGAGUUUGGCUGGGAUGAACAUUCAAUCUCCAAAUCUCUUAAAAUUACUGCAGGUCAACAGACAAACUUACAAGGAUUAAUGAAGAAUUUAACAACAGGGGCCCAGAGAAUAAAUGACUUGUGUAGGGCCUGUGUAGCAAUACAUGCACAGAGGAGUUACUGAAGAGUGUCAAGAGUCUUGUUGUAACUAUAAAUGUUCUUACUAAUCUUUCCAGUGAGUGAUGCAGUGCCUGAGCCAUGUCGUUCUUGAUCCUGUGGCUGAAACCUUUCUAAUGUGGAUGAACGAAAUAUUUUUAAGUAUUUGAUGAGUAAAUUAAGAGACAAGGAUUGAAUGCCAUUGUUUCUGGACCAGAAAUAAUUUGGGUUGGAAGGGACCCCCAAAGGUCUUCUGGACCAACCUCCUUUGCCCUUCUAAGAGCCCCAACUCUAAACCAUCUUGGCAGUGAGCAGCCAGCCAAGGAACCAAGACAGGCCCACUGAUUUCUAAUGGAUUUCCUUUUUGUCAGAGGGAUUAGCAAUGCCAGAGCUGUGGGUUGCUGCCUUUCCUUCCCAGUGCCAGUGCUGGGCACUUCCCAAUACACUUCACAGCCUGGAUGUUCCAGGCUUCAGAACAUUCUCAGCUGUACUGAUAGGUACAUCGUGGGUGGGAAGAGUUUCCUAUUGAAGAAAUUAAUUGCUGGUAACUUCCCACAUUCUUCUUUUUCAGUUUUGUCACUGAAUAUUUUCCAGGACCUGUUUUUUUUUUUCCAGUAGCAGUUUUGGCUGGAAAAGUUAUAGGCUGUUUCUCAGUGCUGUUCACUCAAAAGCAGCUAAUAUUAAGAGGAAAGCUCAUUUGCAUUUUCAGAACUUGUGGAUGAUUAAUUUUUUGGUAGCAGAGGGUUUUUUUCCUUUAUUUAAGUGCUAACAAAAUAUGUGCAUGCACAAAAGCUGUGUUUGAGUGCACAGAGAUUAAGCCAGCUAAAAAUAGCGACUUCUGUGACCCUGCUGGAAUUUUCUUUAAGCUUGGAAACACUGAAGUGUGUGUUUUGUCAGAUUUGAAUCAUGAACCUUGAAGAAGAGCUAAUGACUUCUUAUUUCUCACCCCUAAUCUUCAACUAGAGCAUUCUUUAUGUGAACAGCAGAUCAGUCUGAAACUGUACCUCAGGCUUCACUUAGCUUAUUUAACUUUGCUUACUUGCUUUGUUCAUUGUAACAUCUUUUUCUGCUCCAGUGAGUGUGUUUAUGAAAAUAAUUAUUUUCAACCCUUAUUGUCAGACCCAUGCAAGCUGUGCAAUUGUUGCUGGGGGUGACAGUUCCCCAAAUCUGCCUUAUUUUCUGUUGUACUUAAAACCAAGCUUUUCCUCUUGAACAUCUUGUAACUCUUACCCUGAUGAAAUGUGUGGCUUUCUCUGUUACUCCCUCUUGUUUUCCUGGCAACUUAAUGAAGAUUUUCUAGCUGUUUUUUUAGCUAAAUGAUCAACUCUUGGGAUAAAAGCUGUAUUCUCUGCUACCUGUCCUGGUGGAUCUGGUUGUAAGGGAUGGCAAAGCUCUUGUUUGCUUUUGGGGCUGAGAUUCAAUUCUGGCCUUCAAAGAAGUGUUCCCAGGAUCUGCUGCACCCAAAGUGGCUGGGGUGCAAUUAGCAUUACCAUUAAUUAUGUUUUACCAACAAAAGGACAAAAAGUGAUUGAAACCCCCCCAGUUCGUUUGAAAUUGAAAUGUUCUGGUAGCAAGCAAUCUUGCACAUCCCUUUUUGAUGCAGAUUUUCUUUCAGAUAUAUUGGUAUUUAAACUAUAAUAGAUGUUUUAAUAAUUGGUUGAAUCCUCGCUUCAAAAAGUCUUUUCUUUAAAUUAGUCUCUGUUUCUGUGUAGAACAGAAUUGCAAAAAAUAAAUUCCAGUGCUUGACUAGCUCUUGUUUGGCAUGAAGUUGUAGAGCACUUAAAAUUCCUCAUACAACAGCUUUAAUUGCUUGCUAAUCUUGCCUAAAGAUUGGCUGAGAAUGUCAGCUCAGUUCUCCUGUUGCUUAUUCUCAGUAGCACAGACUGCAAAUGCUUGGGGAAAAUGUACUGGGAGGGUUUACUGCAGAACAUGGUGAAGGGGUAUGGAAACACUUGCCUAGAGGUCAGACUGUUGACGUUUUAGUAGUUGGUUAUUGAUCUCUAUCAGCAGCCUGACAGUUGUAUGGCUUUUGUAGAAUGAGUUAAUAAUUUCUUGGUGUGAUGCAAAAUCAACACCCAAUUGACCCGAGCCCCUGAGUGUGACCCCUGUGGAAGGGGAUGGUGUGAGAUGCUGCUCCCAGCGCGUCUGCUCUGCUCCACUCCAGGGAGCCCUCCUCAAUGAGCAGCUCUUCUGGACAAAGCCUGCCCGAUAGCUGUGCCUUCCUCUUUCCUUCCCACGUUGUGCUGGGCUUUGAUGAAUGUGUUAGUGCUCAUGUUGGUGGCUGUUCCCUUUUUUUAGAAACAAAUCUUACCCACAGUAACUCUAUAUCCACAGUGAGUAAUGGAGAAAUCAUUGCUCGUUAAUGAUUCACUUGCAGGUUCCUGUAUUGCUCUUGCUCAGUCACUGGUGUUGCUGUUGGCUCCAAAGUGUUGCUCAGCCGAGCACUUAGACCUGAUUUUCAUAGUUUCAGUGGGGUUGUUGUAAUGACAGGGUGGUGGGUGGCUGCCCUUGGUUACUGGUCCAAAAUAUAUCCCUCCAGAGCUGGUCCUGAUGAUGCUCUUGGCAGGAUUGUAGGACUUCUGUGCUGUUGAACCUUUUAAACUGCUUGAAGACCACUUUUACCUGUUAUUUUUUGUUAGUUUGCAAAAACUAUUGUUGGGUGUUUGCUUAAAUACUACCUCAUGAUUUACCUCUCCUGCUGUGUGUAUCCCCUCUGUGCUCAAAAGGUUAAAUACUAAACUUGGAAAUUCCAUUUUGAACCUUAUUUUCAGGUAGAGUUCUCAUCCCAGCCUCUCCAAAGUGUUUGCUUUCUGUGUGCACACUUGGUGAUUGACUUUCUUGGGAAAUGCCAGUGCUUUGCUGCUGCACUUAUAGGAAGGGUGCCUCUAAUCAAGGAGCAAAAGCAAACUUCAGCUUUUAAUAACUCAGAAACAGAAUCCUGGAGGAUGCCUGGGGUCACAGAGUCCAGUCCUUUGUCUUGGUCGUGCCUGUCAUAUCCUCCCUAGGCUGAUUGAGUUACGCAGACAGAGCUUGCCUAAUAAUUCAGCUUCCUAUUUUGUAACAGUCAUUAUUGUAGGCUGUUUCAUGGUGCUAUUGUUCAAAUAAACUAAGAAAAAAAAUAAUAGAAAAGGGCUCACACAAGAACAAGAGGAUGCUUUCGCUGCUUUUGGCUUGGUUACUUCCUGUGAAAAAAAACAUUCACCAUGCAAUGCUUGGGAUCAUUCAGCAGCAGUCAGCCCAAUUACAGAAAUUAAUAAGCUAAAAACCCCUAGAAGCUUUAGGAUGGAAAAAUGCUGUGGCUUGACUUUUAAAUAUUCAGCAUAAUUUUUUUUUCUUGAUGUCAGCUUACCUUCCAGCAUGAGCAGCCAAAGCUGGAUGGCUCUGAGUUGUUUUCCAGCACCAUUUGUAGGAUAACGGGGGCCUUGGGCUUGAUUGUGCUACAUUUCAGUCCAUGAUUGGUGUAAAAACUGCUCCCCAAAAAAAGGAAGGGAAGAGACAUGGCCUUUGCUUGGCCAGGGGCAUGAGCAUGGGAGGAGCAGGAGGCUACAGCAGACCCCAGGCCAAAGGGGGUGUAUGGUGAGAGGCUUCAUCAAAUAAUGCAUGGCAGACUUGGGGUGAUUUGGGACCCUGUUAUUUUUAUUGCUUUCAGAAGUUCCUGUAGUUAAUUUGAUUGCAGAGAGGAAAAGCAGAAUUUUGUACUGACAGUACUUCUUGUGGCUUUUUUUGUUUCUUUUUCUCACACAAGGGAAGGCUUUCCUGCGGUCAUUCUCCCACUGUCACUUCACAGCAAUGGCUUCAUCCCCUCUCUGUUUUCUUCCUCUCUUGUUGCCCUUCUCCACUUUCUCUUCCCCACAUGCUGCCCUUUCCCUGUGUGCCACCUGUUUGCUCCUGGCACAGUUGGGGCUGGGCAGGAGCCGGGAGCUGCUGGAGCUCCUCUGCCUCCCUGAAUCCAUCAGCUCUUCUGCCAGGGAGCUCAGACCUGCCUCUGCCUUCCAGUUUGUGCAAGAAUGUCUCUGUUCAGAUUUAUUUUUUAAUUGAACUCCCAGUGUCAUAAAUGAAGGAGCACAAAAUAUAAUUUUUUAUUUUUUUUCUGUGAGGGAAGCCCCUUGGAACAGCCUGAGAUAACUCCACAUCGUGUUGAUCACAGAAAUUGUUCCAGAGUCCUGGGCCUAAGCUCAUAUGGGGAAACGGCCCUGGAUCAAUGAAAGAAAACAUUCAGCAAUGUGCAUUUUAUACAAGCAUUUAAACUUUUUUUUUUUUUUUUGGUUUUGUUUAGUAAUAAAAGGAACAAAGCUAUUAUUAGUGACCAUGGGCUUGGGAGUUUGCUAAAGCAGCAAUAGUUACUCAUCUGUUUUCAUUUGCAGAAGUGUUCUAACAAAGGCAGCCACAAAUGCAGCAGCGGGGUUAGGAGGUGGAUGGUAGGAGUGGAAGUGCAGUUUCUGGAAGCCAGUGCUUACUGAGACCUUUCUGUUUAGUCUUGGUUCUGUGGCCACCAGGAGUUCAGGUCCCAGGGAACUCUUGCCUUGGAUUGAAACGUGAAAGGAUGAAUCCCUUGGCAAUUCCGAGCAUCCUGGCGCUUCCAAGCCUCCCUUAAGCUCCUCCAGCAUGACCUCACGAAUCCUGCUCCGACAGCAGCUCAUGCGUGAGCAGAUGCAGGAGCAGGAGCGUCGGGAGCAGCAGCAGAAGCAGCAGGCAGCCCAGUUCAUGCAGCAGCGAGUGCCCGUGAGCCAGACACCUGCCAUCAACGUCAGCGUCCCCACCAGCCUGCCCCCUGCCACCCAGGUGCCCAUGGAGGUCCUCAAGGUGCAGACUCACCUUGAGAAUCCAACCAAGUACCACAUUCAGCAGGCCCAGCGGCAGCAGGUAAAGCAGUACCUCUCUACCACUCUAGCAAAUAAACAUGCCAACCAAGCCCUGAGCUUGCCAUGUCCAAACCAGCCUGGGGAUCAUGUCAUGCCACCUGGGACGGGGAGCAGCGCACCCAACAGCCCCAUGGCUAUGCUCACCCUCAACUCCAACUGCGAGAAAGAGGGAUUUUAUAAAUUUGAAGAGCAAAGCAGGGUUGAGAGUGAGUGCCCGGCUCUGAAUACACACUCACGAGCAUCAUGCAUGCAGAUGGAUGAUGUGAUUGAUGACAUCAUUAGUUUGGAGUCCAGUUAUAAUGAAGAAAUCCUCGGCUUGGUGGACCCAGCCCUGCAAAUGGCAAACACGUUGCCUGUGUCUGGCAAUUUGAUUGACCUUUAUGGCAACCAAAGCAUGCCUCCUCCAGGACUAAACAUCAGCAAUUCAUGUCCAGCUAAUCUUCCUAAUAUAAAAAGGGAGCUCACAGCAUGUAUUUUUCCUACAGAGUCAGAAGCGAGAGCGUUGGCUAAGGAGAGGCAAAAGAAAGACAAUCACAACUUGAUUGAAAGAAGAAGAAGAUUUAAUAUUAAUGAUCGUAUAAAAGAACUGGGCACCUUGAUACCCAAGUCAAAUGACCCUGACAUGCGCUGGAACAAGGGGACGAUCCUGAAGGCGUCGGUGGAUUACAUCCGCAAGCUGCAGAGGGAACAGCAGCGCACCAAGGAGCUGGAGAACAGGCAGAAGAAGCUGGAACAUGCCAACAGGCACCUGCUGCUCAGAAUACAGGAACUUGAGAUGCAAGCCCGGGCACACGGACUGUCCCUUGUCCCAUCCACAGGCCUUUGCUCCCCUGACAUGGUCAACAGGGUCAUCAAACAGGAGCCUGUGCUGGACAACUGCAGCCAAGACAUGAUGCCACACCACACAGACCUGUCCUGCACCACCACCCUGGACCUCACUGACGGCACCAUCACCUUCAGUGACAACCUGGGAAACGUGACUGAACCAGCUGGCACCUACGGAGUUCCUGCCAAAAUGGGAUCCAAACUGGAAGACAUCCUGAUGGACGAUACCCUGUCCCCCGUGGGAGUGACUGACCCCCUGCUCUCCUCCGUGUCUCCUGGGGCAUCAAAGACGAGUAGCAGGCGGAGCAGCGUGAGCAUGGAGGACACUGACCAUGCUUGUUAGCAUCUGUUGGCACACCUUUCAUAAACUGCUUUGGUUCUUUGAUCAGUAGAUGAAAUAAUUUACCUUUUGUAGAAUUUUUUUGAUUUUUUUUUCCCCUUGUGCUUCAUCAGUGUGUGUGCGUGUGUGUAUAUAUUAUAUAUAGAGAAUUUUUUUUAGAAUUUUUGUGAAGAAACUUGUAUAUUCUAUUUUAAAACUACCAAUGCCUCCAAAAUAUUGUACAGCAUAUGUACAGAAUCUGUGAACUGGAUUCGCCAAGAACUAUGAACUGGUCAAAUCUACUCAAAGCAAUAGAAUUACAGAUGAAGAGUCUGUUUCUACUGGGGGGGAGGGGGCAAUUGUAGGAUUGUAAAUGCAACCUAUUUACUUGGAAACAAAAUGUAAAGUUUAAGAAUGUAAAGAAACAACAACAAAAACAAAAAAGUCCAAUUUGUAAUUGUAUUAAUUGAAUAGUGCUGCCUUAAAGAUACAGUGUCCCUCAAAUGUUGGUCUUACAUGACAAGUGUUUAGGGAAAAUACCCACCUGACUUCACUCAGAAAAGAAACUAAACCCAAGUGUUAAGACAUCUUGAUUGUGUUGAUUGUGAUAUAAAAUGCUGUUGCUGAAACUGCAGGGAGACGUGAGUGUCUCAGAGUGUUGUUUAAUUUUACUCUGAGCUGAUUUGGGUUUUCCUUUUGAUCAUGGUUCAAGUUUUUCCUCUUAAAUUUUUAUUUUGUUUUGUGACACACAUAGGUGGCUUUGCCAAUGGCAAACCAAGCAGGAGCACUGUAAGUUGGGAUACACUCUUUGGACAAAAAAAAAUUAUGCAUAUUAUCAGCUGGGCACAUUAUGUUGUACAUAUCUAAUUGGCUUUAUUUUUUUUUAAAAUUGCAUUGUACAGUUUCUUUUGAUUUGCAUGGAUUCCUUAGUUAUCCUCAACUUUUUGUUUUAAAUUUAUUUGUAUUUCAUUUGUAAGAUUUUUGCCUCUUAAUAUUGCAGCGAUUUUUUGACAUUUUUAAAACUCAUUGGAAGUUUUCUGCGUUCUUUGUAAACACUUGAAAGGAAGCUUUUAUGCAGGGUUCUGUGUUUUAAGAGAGAUUUUGAGAAUAUUUUGUAUAUUACAGUCUCACUUUGAAAAUGUUUUUAAACGCAUUUAAGGUAGAGUAAAAAAUUAGAUUAGGUAAUAAAACAACUCUGUAGAGAAACUGAACUUACAUAUUUAUUUUUAGUGAUACAGAAAAGAAGUAGUAAUAUGCUUGGAAACAUAACUAUGUAGUUAAUAUACCCGUUAGAGCAAUUCGUGUUCUAUUUCAGCACUGGGGCUGACAUAAGAGAUAAAAAAAAAAAAACAAAAAAAAAAAAAGUAAAUUACUGUAUCUGCAAAUAACUGUUACUUGAUAACAACGUUAUUAAUUUUUAACAUGCAACCAUGUUGUAAAAGUAGUUUGGUGCAUUAUCUACUCAAGUGUAGUCCUAUGCAAUAACGGUAGUUUUCCUUGUAUUAUAUCCAGCCUAGGUGUUCCACGGAGGUGACAGGUGGUGUUCCGAGCUAGACGGAGGGAAUGGAAUUCUCCACGGCAGCCUACAGCUGACUGGCAGGCGUAGCUCGUUCAGAAUGAAGUGCCUUAAACUCUAGUUGUAGUCUUCCUCGACUAGCACUGACUGAAGUGUGGCGUAGACAGAGCUUUAGGGUGGUGGUGUGUAGGGCCUUGAGGUGUAGCAUGGUGCCUACGGUUAGAAAACCAGAGCUUCCCUUUCUCCUUUGUGCUACACUGGAAAUUACAUAGGAUGAGUGCAGCGGUGAGUAACUUGAGUGCCAGUUUGGCCAGCUUUCCAAGGAAACCUUGGGCUCAGCAGGUGGUGUGCAGAAACCAAAUGUGAACUGGGUAGGACGGGGUGGCUGGGGGUAGUGAUGGGAGUUCCCACAGCGCUGAGCCCUCUCCCAGACAUUUCCCCAGGAGGGCUCCCUGCCCGGCACCACUGCUGUGGCAUGGGGGACAAGGGCUCCUGGUGUCCCCUGCCUGGCACCGCUGGUCCUGGUGUGGAUGGUGAGGGUUCCUGGUGUCCCCUGCCUGGCACCUGUGCUCCCAGCACAGGGGGCUCGGGCUCUGCAGGGCUGUGGAACUCGGGGUCUGUGUUCCUGUCACUCUUCCCGUGGCUGUGUCCAGCCCUCCCUUCCCGCUUGAGCCGCCAGCGAUGUGUUAGUGUUGAUGCAACCACGGAGUUGUGGCUUUUUUUCUUUUAUAGUUCUUGAAGGAGGAGCUGGAGUUGGGUUGUAAUGAUGCCUCUCCCCCUCAGCCCAGACAGCUUUUGGGAAUAUGUCUUUCCUAGGGUAGAGAAGCUCUGGCCCAGGCAGGACCCAGGAAGCUGCAGGAUGUGCUGUGGUCACCAUGGUCCUGGGGCAGGAAAUGCCCCCAGUCCCUGCAAGGCAGCUGUGCCAUAGCUCUGAGUUGAGUGUGGGGGUACAGGCUUCUGGUGCUGCUGUUUGGCUGGGGUGACAGGUAGGAAAGUCUGUAAAAAAUGGUUGUAGCUGUAACACAGGGCAGUGUUGCCUUUCCUCAAAAAGUUGGGCAGCUCUGCAGCGUUGGUACAACAAAUCAGGGUGUGCAUGCUGGAGUGUAGUGACUGAGAACCACUGAAUGUAUUGAAUGAGACUUUUGGUUUGGUGCCUGCCCUGGGCAUUCAGAAAUUCAAGUCUAGACUGUGGUAUAUGAAUAUUUUUCAAGCUUAUGUGAAACCACUGGUACUCGCUGGCAGCCGUGACUUCUGAUUUUUGGCUGCGUGGAGGUGAGUUAGGAUUCAAGGCCAACCAUUCCAUCAAGAGCUGGAUUCCCUGGCAGAAGUCUCUGUGGCUGCAGCAGCUGUGUUGUGUGCUCCUAUACCUUGUGUUUUCUGGGGUAACACAUAACUUGGCUGUGCCCUGCUCACUCUUCCCCCCGUGUUUCCUUGGGUUACAGCCCUCCUCUGAGCCUGCCCACCCUUGGAAUGGUGACACUGCAGUGGGGACACCUCUGGGAGACACAGACCCCCAGUGGGUGCUAAUGGGAGGUGCCUUUGCCCGUUUGAGCAUGGAGGAGGGUGUGGCUGUGGCAUUUUGGAGGGGUUGGUGGCAGGGGACAGAGGCAGCAGCCGCAGGCAUGGUUUGGCAUGGGCUUGGUGGAGUGAGAUGGACAGAAGUUGUGCCCGGUCUGGUGACAGUGACGCGUGUGACGCUGGGCAGCGGUGGCUUCCCUGAGCAGGUGGGUGGGGAAAUGACCAAUUCUCACUUUGCCAAAGCCAUGCAACAGGCAGGGAUGUGCGGAGUACCAUGAAGUUCUUCCUUACUGCUUUUGGCCUAUAAAGCAAUAUUUAACUCUUACAACCUGUAAAAGCAAAAAGAAG